CUUACGGGCAAACAGUACCGAUCCAAAGACGGUUGGACUGUUCAGUUGUCUCCGAACCCCCGAAGUGUUCGGACGUUAUUUGUACCGUGAUUCGUCGUGACAAACCGAGACAAAUUAAUUAUUCCCACUGCGUUUGAAUAACAGCCGUUGAUCCUUUAAUUGUGAAACGAAAGGUGAUUUUUUUAUUGUUUACGAGGACGACCGUAACCCGAGGGGUGGAAAUAUAUUUUAUUCAUUGAUUCGGACGUUUCACAUCCGCAAAAACGUAGCCAAAAGGUAGAAUGGUGGCAUCGCAGAACGAUGGUGGAAGAAGUGGCGGUGGUGACACGAACCCCGCCACUGACGAGCACGAGACAGCGGUUUACACAGUAUCAGUGAGUGGUGGAUACAGAAAUGAGGGAUACAAAGAGGACAGUGGUGAUGGCAUACCCCCAGAGCCGACGAAGCCCCCGGCACUACCAGCCCCCGAGGAUGACACCCAAUCCCGCAAACUCAAAAUGUCACGCAGUGAAAAAUGGAGAAUACUGAAGAACAUUGGGACAGUGUCAGUGGCAUUCAUGGUGCAAUUCACAGCCUUCCAGGGCACAGCCAAUCUACAAUCGUCGAUAAACGCCAAAGAUGGACUUGGCACUGUAUCGUUGUCAGCUAUUUAUGCUGCCCUGGUGCUGUCGUGCAUCUUUGUUCCGACAUUUAUGAUCAAGAGAUUCACUGUCAAGUGGACGCUCUGUCUGUCGAUGCUGUGCUAUGCACCGUACAUUGGCUCGCAGUUUUAUCCGAGGUUUUAUACACUUGUACCGGCUGGUGUGCUACUGGGUCUUGGGGCUGCACCCAUGUGGGCCGCCAAAGCCACUUAUUUAACGCAAGUCGGGGGUGUUUAUGCCAAAUUGACUGAUCAGCCUGCUGAUGCUAUUGUCGUCAGAUUCUUUGGAUUCUUCUUUCUUGCUUGGCAAACCGCUGAACUGUGGGGCAAUCUCAUUUCAUCUCUCGUGUUAAGUGAAGGAGAAUUCGGUGGUGGUGGCGAUGAGAAUUCCACAAACUUCAAUCUAGAGAAACUGAGCACCUGUGGUGCAGCAUUCUGCACAAUGGGUGGUCAUCACGAAGUGGAACGUCCCCCCGAGUCCGAGAUCUUCGAGAUUUCCUCCAUCUACCUGACGUGUGUCAUUGUUGCUGUGAUAAUCGUUGCCCUCUUCGUGGAUCCUCUGUCAAGGUACGGUGAGAAGCAGCGUCGUGCCGAUAGUGUGGAGCUCAGUGGGAUACAGUUGCUAUCUGCAACUGCCUAUCAACUCAAGAAACCGUACCAACAGCUCCUGAUUCCCAUCACGGUAUGGAUCGGAAUGGAGCAGGCGUUCAUUGGUGCAGAUUUCACUCAGGCCUACAUAUCGUGUGCCCUAGGUGUUCAAAAAGUCGGCUACGUCAUGAUCUGCUUCGGAGUUGUGAAUGCGGGCUGUUCACUUCUCUUCGGAUCAGUCAUGAAGUUCGUGGGAAGACAGCCACUGAUGGCCCUCGGGGCAGUGGUACACGCAGCCCUCAUCGGUGUUCUCCUAGUCUGGAGGCCUCAUCCUGAGAACUCCUACGUCUUCUACACUGUGUCAGGCCUCUGGGGCGUGGGUGACGCCGUGUGGCAGACUCAAGUCAACGGUCUCUACGGUACGCUCUUCAGACGCAACAAGGAGGCUGCCUUCUCCAACUAUCGUCUCUGGGAAAGCGCUGGUUUCGUUAUAGCAUAUGCCUACAGCACACACUUAUGCGCAAGAAUGAAGCUUUACGUCAUGUUAACAGUAUUAAUAGUUGGUACAAUGGGUUACAUAAUCGUGGAGAUACUCCACAGGCGAAAGCAGAAGAGAUUGAAGGCACUUGCUGAGGAUCCAAAGGCAGCAGCAGCCGCUGCUGAGGCAAAUAUGCCCGAGGAAACUGACGAUGAGAAAGACGACAUAGACGACGACAUUAUCAUAACACAUCUCUGAAUUAUUCAAUCGAGUGGAUUUAAUGAAAAAAAAACGCUAUUAUCACAGUCUAACGAGGUUUGUCCUCAAUUUUAUUUAUCAACGGCCUCUAGGUUUACCUCACUACGACGUCUCUCAAGCCAACGCUCGUCGGCCCGCACACAAAAUAAUAAAUACAAUAAAACAUUAACGAUCAUGCGUUGCCACGUGCUGGACGACGAUCGAUUAUUUAUGAGGACGAGAGAAUUAUGCUUGAGAGCCGUUUGUGUUUCAUCGUAGACACGAUGACAGGAGAGAUUGAGGGGUGAACGAGGCAGAAAUAAAAAUGUUUUGUACAUUAUUAAAAAAAAAAAAGAACUAAUGAAAUUUCCGGAUUGAAAAGGGAAAUUUGAAUCUGAAUAAUCAGGGGAUAUUGAUGGAUUUGAUCGUGAAAUAUCGUCAACUAUAUUUUUAACUAAUGAAAUUCAACAACGGAAACAACAAAGCAGUAUUUUAUAACGAAACAAUUGUUCUAUUUUAUUUUGAACGAUUGAUGCGAUACAGUUGCCUGAGGGAAUUCAGUUUCCGUCCCACGUGGUGCAUUAGCUCAAAACGAGUAUCCUCCAAUGUAGGAUUAGUUGUAGAUAAAGUGGUAGGUGUUGUUAAACUGGAGAUUUAUGAGUUUGAAUUUCGCAUUGAUAUUUUUUAUUGAAAUCAAUCUGUCUUUUUUUUCUCCUCGGCUCAGGUACUACAUAUUCUUCUGCAAUGUACCUCGCAUGUGUGAUUGACACAUGAACGCGGUUUCUUAUUUUGUGUUGAUCAAUCAAUCAGAUUUCUUCUGAUUGAAUUGAACAAUCUAUUCGAAGAAUAUGAACGCUAAUGCGGAAGAGUAUUUAAGAUACAUUUCAGUGUAUAAUGAACCGGUGACCUUGGCAGGACCGGUAUGUCGAUAGAAAAUUCAUUGGCCUCGUGGAUAAUACCACGUGUCCUCGAUCAUCAGUGGUUGAGAUUAUUUUUUCUUCGUGAAGAAUUAAUAAUCGUGGUGAAUUCCUUGCGCUUCAUCGAAGUGUCGCAAUUAUUUUGUGAAUGGUGAUUCAAAGCACGUGAAUCUCAAACGUUUCGAUUCGAGCCGAGGAAAAAGACGGAAUAAGCGUACUUAUUAAUUCUAGGAGUAAGGGGAGACCGCACUGAAAUUUCAAAAUCGCGGGGGCCUUGGAAAAUGAGAAACAACUGGGUUUUCAUUAUUUUUCCUUGAUGGAAUUUUCGAAUUUACUCGUGACGCAAUUCUCAAUCGAUUGACGUUAAUCUAGAUUUACAUGCAUGCAUAAAUAUAACUAAAUGAGGCUUUUCGAAAAUAUUUUUUUGGGGGUUUGGAGUUGUUUUUCGAAAUUACUAGAAGUGAAAAAUUUGAAAAAUUGUUCGUAUUGAAGAACUUAUUAUUUUUUUCAUCGUAUUCUGAAUAAAUGACUCGCAAAAUCUAAAAAAUUUCUGCUUUGAAGAUUUAUUGUGUAGUUGAAUACCACUAAUUGUCAAAUUUUCUCACCUCAGCCAAUUUAGAAAAAAAAUUCCAAAAGCUAAAAAAUUAUAAAUUUUCAAAAAAUCUCAUUCAGCUCAUUAAUAUUAUUAUAUAUUAUUAUUAUGCAUGGAUAAUCCAAAAUUUAUCAAAUGGGUUGAGAAUAGCGUGAUGAGGACACUUGAAAAUUUUACUCCUCUAGAGCCACUUUCUGAUCAAUAAAUAAAGCAAAACGCAAUGUUUUAUGAUUUUUUCCAUGAAAACCACUAGCAAACUCAUCAGUACGAUAGAUGAGGCACCGAUUUCGGAAUUUCCGUGCGGUCUCCCCUUAAAAAAAUUACUAUAAGCGUGAUUGAAACAUAAAACGGCCGUGGAACAACUAUCAAACACAAUUAGCAAUUAGUACGGAGUGAAAUCCUAUAACUCGGAGGAAGUAGACAAGUAGUUGAAUGAUUGUAAUAAGUCCAUACAUUAAUGAAAUAAAAUACAUUUACAUAUCUCGAAUGGAUAUCAUCCAAUAAUAUUAAGGAUUUUAUUCACACGAUUCUCGGGACCAUUACGUCUGUUGUUAAUUGAUUAAGAAUUAUAUAUUCCUCGCAAUAAUGAUUGUUAGCUACUAGACCUAGGGUUGUUUAAAUUUGUUUACAAUGAAAAUGAGAAUUAGGGUGAAAUGAAUCGAUUGAAUUUACGUGUAUUGUUGAAGUCGUACGAGUGUCGAUGAAAGAUACUCACACGAUUGAAUGAUGAAAAAAGGUAUCAGUGUUAUUCCUCAUUGUUUAGAUUGUCCUUGGGGCUUACUACCGAGGGCUGAGAUUGUUGGCGUGUGUUAAUAAUUAUCAUUCGAACACUAUAAAUAUAUUUUCAUCCGGUUGACGCUCGACAUUUAUCGAGCUCUUGGAUUUUAUUGUACAGUAUCAUUGUAGUUUGUAAGCGUAAAUAAUUAACAAUACUAUUUUUCUCGCUCCUCUUUCGAUUACUUUAAUUAAUACAGUGUAAAAUUUAAUGCCAUUAUGUUAUAUAGUGAUUGUAAUUGUUUAAGGAUAUUUUAAAUUAGUUUUUAGACGAUUAUCAUUUUAUUAAAUGAAAAACAAUUGAGAUAA